UGAAGACGUGCAUAUAUUUCGGUUUUUUGGUUUCUAUAUCAAAGUAUGUAGAAGUAUUUUCAGACAACAAGGUUUUAUCGCAGAAAUACGAGGGCGAAAGUUUAACAAGUGAAGGCGUUAGUCUUUUGAACGGAACUUAUUUCAAUCUAAACGAGACAGUAUGUCAGUUACAAAAGAGAGUCGAUGCUAUCGAAGGAAUGACAGAUGUCGACAAUCAGUGUGAAUGUUACAAAGAAGCGGUUCUAGAGUUCAAACGAUCAAUAUCCAAUGAACUUAAAGGUAUCUCAAAAAUCCUGUCUGGCUUUGAAAAUGAUCUUCGCAUUUUGGAAAAUGAGCAGGAAGAUUUACGUUUGACACUAGACGGAGGGGACAUCGACGCAAGUACUACUACUAUGACCACCCCCGAACCUACCACUCAACCAAGAAACUGUGACGAUGGCUGGAUCACAUCCCCGGAAAAGUGCUACUAUGUCUCAACUUAUUUCGAGAUAACGGAAUGGGCUACAGCUAUUAGCCGGUGCAAGUCGAAGGGAUCAAUUCUGGUUGAGAUCAAAACGGAUGAAGAAUCCCAAUUCAUAAUGGAAAAUCUGCCGAGCCGUGUAGGAGGCACAGAUCUUGUGUAUACCGGUCGACAGAGGAACGACGCAAACAUUUGGGUUUUUGUCAGCAACGACGAGAAAGUUGAUACCUCGGUGAGAUCGUGGGCUAGAGGGGAACCGAAUGGUGGAAGUAGCCAGGAAUGUGGAUGUACUCAAAAAUCGGAUGACUUUCUGAUGCACGACUGCUUCUGUACCGGGUAUAGUCUGUACUAUAUCUGUGAGAUAGGGCGUUAGUCAUAUUCUGUACCGGGUAUAGUCUGUACUAUAUCUGUGAGAUAGGGCGUUAGUCAUAUUCUGUACCGGGUAUAGUCUGUACUAUAUCUGUGAGAUAGGGCGUUAGUCAUAUUCUGGAAAAAAAACAAUGACGCCAUAAAAAUACUAUAAAAUGUAUGGUUAAUAAACCACUGUUAAAAGGAAUAAACAUUUGAACGAGAA